AUGGCAGCAGAGCUAACUUCCAUCAAGCUCAAUCCAGAGAGUCAUAUCAUCUUGGACCAACCACUCCUCCGCCUCCCCAACGACCUAGCACGAAGAAACUUCAAGUCCGUUCAAAGAUCCGUCGAACGAGAGAAAGAAUAUGUCAUCCCAGCCCUUAAAGAAGCGGCCAACGCCUCCCUAUCCAACACCCAAACGCCGGACCAGACACUUGCCGCCCUCGAUGCGAUGCUCUCCCGCAUGCAGGGCCUGAAACGGAAAAUGCAGAGCUUACAGGAAGAAGAAAAGAGGAUACAGAACCAAUCGCGCAAGCGUAUUCAGCAUCUAGAGGCCCUGCAUAAGAUUCCGAGCUUGGCGGAUGUCAAGUAUGAUCAGUGGUCUCGGGUAAGACUAGAUCGGUUACUCGUGGAUCAUAUGCUGCGGUCGGGAUAUUCGGAGAGUGCGAAGCAAUUAGCGCAAGAGCGGGAUAUUGAAGAUCUAGUCGAUUUGGGUGUUUUUACACAGUGCCAGCGGAUUGUCGAGUGUCUACGCCAAGGGGAGACCAAAGAGGCGCUACAGUGGUGCGGUGAGAACAAAGCCGCGCUGAAGAAGAGUCAGGUAUGGAAAACCACCACACUUAAGGAGAUUGGCCCGGGCAUACUGAUUGGUUUGGUGCAGCAUAAUCUGGAAUUCGAACUGCGCCUGCAGCAAUACAUCGAGCUGGUCCGGUCGCGUGAUCAAACAAAGAAAAUCGAGGCCAUUGCUCAUGCAAAAAGAUAUUUGAUCACAAACCAAGAGACACAGAAUAAAGAAAUUAUGCGAGCAGCAGGAAUGCUUGUUAUCACCCCAGAUACCCGAGCAGAGCCGUAUAAGACCCUGUUUUCAACAGACCGUUGGAAGUAUCUGUCUGACCUCUUCAUAAAGACUCACCAUGAACUGCUUUCCUUGCCAUCACAGCCAUUGUUGCAUAUUGCUUUAUCCGCCGGACUGUCUGCGUUGAAGACACCUCUUUGCCACUCUGCCUACGCCUCAUCGAGCUCCAACUCAGCAUCCACAGCUACCUCCGUUUGCCCAAUAUGCUCGACAGAGUUGAACGACCUUGCACGUAAGAUGCCAUACGCGCAUCAUUCCAAGAGUUACGUUGAAGGUGACUCGAUCGUGUUGCCGAACGGCCGAGUGUACAGCAAGUCUCGUUUGCUGGAUAUCAGCAGACAGGUAGGCUCUGUCGAAGACGGGAAAGUGAAGGAUCCAACAACGGGCGAGGUUUUCCUAGAAAGCGACAUGAAGAAAGUGUAUAUAUUGUGA